GAUCUCUGUGCAGGAGAAGGAGAGGCAGAGACUAGAGAACCUCCGGAAGAAGCAGGAGGCUGAGGAGCAGAGGAGGAAGAAAGUGGAGGAGGAGAAGAGACGGCGUCAGGCAGAAAUGAAGCAGAAGCGGGAAGAGCGUCUGAGGAAGGCCCUGCAGGCUCGGGAGCGUGCAGAACAGAUGGAGGAAAAGAAGAAAAAGCGGAUGGAGCAGAAGAUCCUGCAGAGUGAUGAGAAGGUGAAGGAAGAGAAGGUGGCAGAGGACCGGAGCAAGAGGAAAGGGUCCAAGAAACACGGGGAAGUGGAGGCACGGAGGCAGAAAGCCCUGAAAGGGGAGGAAAAUGAGCAGCAAGAACCACUGCAGAAAAGGGAGGAUGAAGUGAAGGAAAGGGGGAAGACAGUCUUGGAACUGAAGAACCUUCUGGAGCAGCAACAACUGGGACAAGCGAAGGAGAGGGAUCCCAAGCAGCGAGGGAAGGAGAAGCCCCCCCAAGCACAGCAGGAGCCAGCAGUGUUGGCUGGCAAGGCCACCAAGGGGAAAGAAAGUCCCAAAGAGCUGCCCCUUGGGCCUGGGCUGGACAAAAGAUAUGAGCCACCAGAAUGCCUUUUCCCAGCUCUUAAUGUCUGGCUCCAAGCAGAGAGGGAAGCUGAUGGUCAACAGCAGCCGGGAGAGGAGAAAAAGCCCAUUCAACCAGCUGCCCCUGGGACAUGGCCGAACAAAGCCGUCAAGAAAUCCCUCUCCACAUCCUGCCUCGGGUCCCUGAAGGGUGCUCAAGGACCAGGGUCACCCCCAGCCAAUGAGAACAGCUACGGGCUGGAUCUGAACAGCGAUGACUCCACAGAUGAUGAGAGCAACCCACGGAAACCUGUCCCUGCCUGGGCUGAUGGGGCACAGCUCCAGCAGGCCAUCACGCACCAGUACUACAACCCCCCUGACCUGGACGCGCUGUUUGGGGCCAUCCCCAGCCCCAGGCUGGAGCACAUCUUCUACAAGAGCAAACCCCGCUACUUCAAGCGCACGAGCUCGGCCGUGUGGCACUCCCCGCCUGGCCCCUCCUGCGGCCCCUCCUGCACCUUCCAGAGCUGAGCCAAGGCAGCAAAAGGGGUUUCUAGGGACUGUCUUCUACUUACCCUGUGUUUACAAUUUUAACUUUUUUUUUUCCUUCUUCUGUACAGAAAUAAAGUUGUUUAAUAUAAAG